AUGCGACAAAUUGACAAGAUUCUGAUAAUCCACCUUUACUCGCUCUUUCAAAUCUUCAUGUUCCAUAAAAAAUGCAAAGACAUCUUCGGAUUCCCCCAAAUAGUUAAACCUGCGGUUUUAUUGUUAUCUACAUCUGUAUUACAAACUCAGUUCUGCCUAAGGAAGCUCCUAAUGGUUUUGAAUGAUUGCACUUGUUUUAUAGUGUUUUGUUUAGCAGAUCAAGCUUUUGAUGAUAUAUUUCAAUUUUUUAUGGAAGUUGCUGGAUUUGCACCUUAUGGGAAAAGGAUCACUGAGCUUUUGAAAGUUGGAAAUGAUAAACGUGCUUUGAAGGUUGCUAGAAGAAAGUUGGGCACUCACAAGAGGGCAAAGAAGAAGAGAGAAGAAAUGUCUAGUGUUCUCCGCAAGAUGAGGGUGGAGGUGGUGAAAACAAGUGAAGCCUUUUUCUUAGGCUUUCAGUUUUGGAAGUAA